AUGUCAAAAUCUCAAAGAAAGACACAGAAAUCUCUUGAAUCCGACGAGGAAUACGAAGUAGUGUCGUUUGAAGAGUUUUGUGACAAGCCCGCAAACGCAAAAAGUGAUCUUUUGUCUUUAAACGAUAAUAUUAAUUAUCGUAUUUAUUAUGAGAAUCUCAAGGUACCGAAGGAAGGAAGUAGCAAAGGAGUUGAAGAGCUACUUGAAAGAGAAAUCGAAGGUCAAAACGAAACGUCUUUGAGUGGGUCAAAGAGUGGAGCUUACACAAAGUUACCUUUUGCGCCUUUCGGUAAAGGCAGCACCAAGACUGGUGCUCCAUUGUUCAGUGGUAUUGUUCCAAAAUUGCGAAACGAUGGCGAAUCCUCCAGUGAGCCAAGAUACCAACUCUUUUCGCGGCCGCGUAGCGUCAUGGUGGGCUUCUGGAAGCGGAUGACGGUAAUCUGUCCCGGGAUGCUGGGUGUCGGUCUGGUGUGCAUCCUCUGCGUCGCCGUGUGGUUCUUCGUGGGCGGAGCUUUGGGCGGCGCUUGGACCGAGGACAAGUACAGGAAACUAUGGGAGCGUGUCCACCCCGAGAUUACGGAGAAACCAAUGACCUAUUAUGAAAUGGUGGUGCCCGAGAACCGCUACCACGACCACAACAACCUGAGCACCAGGAACAAGCUGAACGGCUCCGAGGGCCCGAAGAGGAUCCCGGCGCUCGACGAGGAGAGGUACCAGCGGCAGAUGCGGAUGCCCACGAUGCCCAGGAUGCCCAAGUACCCGAACCGCACCGCGGAGAUGCUCCAGGAGCUGUGCUCCAGCGUGGUCGGCGACAUGCGCUUCGACUGCUACCCCCAGGACGGCGCUAACGAGGAGGGCUGCUUGAAGAGAGGUUGCUGUUGGCGCGAGGUGGAAUCGUCCGCGGCGGUUGGCGCGCCGUACUGCUUCUACCCGCCGCACUACGACUCGUACGCGUUCGUCAACAUGACGGAGAACAGGCGCGGCGCGACCGCCUUCUACGAGCUGCGCCGCCCCUCCGGCUACCCGGAUGACUUCCGGCUGGCGCGGCUCGACCUCCACUUCGUCACCGGCGACAUACUCAACGUCAAGAUAUCCGACGCGGAGAACACAAGAUACGAAGCGCCGUAUCCAGAGAUCCCGAUGGUGUACGGCUCCAUAAAGACAAUGAAUUACAAGAUGAUUGUGGACAGCUCAAGUAUUGGCUUCAAAGUUAUCCGGAUCUCUGAUAAUGUCACCAUAUUCAACACCCAGGACGUGGGCGGAUUGAUACUCUCUGACAAGUUCCUGCAAAUGUCCGCCCUGCUGCCCACCAACCAGCUCUACGGGCUGGGCGAGAGGCGGGCCAGGUUGCGAACGGUGCUCGACUCCUGGCAGACCUUCACGCUGUUCAACAACGACCAGUACCCGACGGAGAAUAUAAACCUUUACGGCUCGCAACCGUUCUACUUGGCGUUGGAAUCGAGCGGCAAGGCGCAUGGUGCUCUACUGAUCAACUCCUACGCAAUGGACAUCAGCGUGCAGCCCAGCCCCGGCAUAACGUACCGCGCGCUGGGAGGGCUGCUGCAGCUCUACCUGUUCGUGGGGCCUUCACCGGCUGAUGUCACCUCGCAGCUCAGCCAGAUCGUGGGCAAGCCCUUCAUGCCGCCCUACUGGGCGCUGGGCUUCCAUCUCUGCAAAUACAACUAUGGCAGUUUGCAAGUGACACGGGACGUUUGGAAGAGUAACAGAGAGGCCGGAAUACCAUUGGACGUGCAGUGGAACGACCUGGACUACAUGAAGGACGCUAACGAUUUCACAUACGACGAGCUGAAAUUCAAGGGCCUGCCGGAGUUCGUCAAGGAAUUGCACGACGCUGGAAUGCACUACGUCGUGCUAUUUGACCCUGGCGUCAGCGCUUCCGAGAAGGCUGGCACUUACCCGCCCUUCGACCGCGGCCUCGAAAUGGAUGUCUUCAUAAAGAACUCCACUGGACAGCCCUUCGUUGGAAAGGUGUGGAAUCGCGUGUCUACGGUGUGGCCCGACUUCACGCACCCAAAUGCUACCGCGUACUGGACAGAGAUGCUGUCCAACUUCCAUAAGAAGAUACCAUUCGACGGCGCUUGGAUUGACAUGAACGAGCCGUCCAACUUCGUGUCGGGCUCGCUGUACGGGCAGUGCGCGCCGGAGAAGCUGGCCUACCGGCCGCGCUCCGUGGGCCCCGAGGGGCUGCGCCACAAAACGCUGUGCAUGGACGCGCGCCACGCGGCCGGCUCGCACGACCAGCUGCACAACCUGCACGCGCUCACCGAGGCCGCCGCCACGCACUUCGCCCUGGUGGAGAUCCUGGGCACGCGGCCGCUGAUCAUCUCGCGCGCCUCCUCGCCGGGGCUGGCCAAGUUCGCGGGCCACUGGAGCGGCGACGUAGCCAGCGAGUGGCACGACCUGCACAUGUCCAUCUCCGAACUGCUGAGCUUCAGCCUCUUCGGGAUACCCAUGAUGGGGGCUGACAUCUGCGGUUUCAGAGGCAACACCACCGUGGAACUGUGCAGGAGGUGGAUGCAAGUGGGCGCAUUCUACCCCUUCGCCAGGAACCACAACUCGGACUCGUCUAUACCCCAAGAUCCAGUAAGCCUGGGAGCGGAGGUGGUGAAGGCUUCUCGAGAAGCCCUGCGAAUGCGCUACGCCCUCCUGCCGUACUACUACACGCUGAUGUGGCGCGCCCACCUGCUCGGCCACCUGGUGGCCAGGCCGCUGUUCUUCGUGGAUCCAAGCGACACGGUUACCCAUGACAUCGACGAGCAGUUCACGAUCGGACCCUACCUGAUGGUGGCGCCCAUCCUGGGGCCAGGGGCCAACACCACCCGCGCCUACUUCCCCGGCCACGACCCCUGGUACGGGCUGAACGAUGGCCAGGUGCUGGCCACACACCAAUGGAAGGACAUCACCGAGCAACAAAUGCUCGCUGUCAAGGGUGGCGGGAUCUUGACGAUGCAGCAGCCCCCUGAAGGUAUCGUCACCACCACCGUCUGCAGAAGCAGACCCUUCCAGCUACUUGUAGCGCCCGAUUCCGCCGGCCAGGCGAAGGCACUACUAUACUGGGACGACGGCCGUGGAUUGCACACCUACGACGAGAGCAAAUACAGCCUGGUGCAUUUCACUUUGGACAAAACGGAUUUCCGCAGUAAUGUGCAAUGGUGGGCAUACGGCAUGCCCUAUGUUGAAAAGAUAACAGUCCUCGGACAAAAGAACCCCAUCAAGAAUGUUACCAUAAACGAAGAGCCGUGCAGGAAUCCUCUCUGUGAGUUCACAUACUCGAGCAAGGAUAAAACUUUAGUAAUAUUCAACCUCAAAUUGCAUUUAGACGGGGUUGUACACAUCCACUGGAUGUAUCGAGAUAAUUUGCCAAAGGCAGGCAUA